AUAUUUAUCUCCGACUUAAAGUGAUAGAUUAUUUUGCUUUCAUUUGCGUAUGCUGUUAAGAUAAAUUUGUUGGUGUCAGAUUAAUUCCAGAAUCAAUACGACAAUAGCAUUCUCUGACACGUCGCCUUUUGCAGUUUUGGGAAUUUCACUGUUGUCUACAUAGAGAUGAGACCAGCUGUUGCAACCAAAGUCAUGUUUAUGACACUGUCCACACUUCUGCUGUUGCUGAAGACGUCGAUGUGUAAGCUGCUGGUGUCAGAAUCAUUCUUUGUCUCUCCAGGAGGACAUACUAACAGUCAUGUGGAAAAAUCUUCGGGAUUUGCUUGUGAGUUUACUUAUGCUUGCCAAGGCGGGACCAAUGAGGAGUGGGUUAUGACCAUGCAAGAAGAUGAGGAGCACCAUUUCUCAUGUAGUGUUUCGAGGCCUGAGCAUUCACCAACAUCGUACCUUUUCUUCCAGCAUUUUGAAAUGGCCAUAACGGGUGGACAUCUUAAGGGAGCUGUGGUUUUGGGAGAAAAGGGAAAGACUUGCAACGAGGAUGAAUAUGUUACAGAUACAGAAAAGAACUUGGUUUACAGUGCCAGUGGGUUUCAGUCCCAUCUAAAUAGUGUUUUUGCAGUAUUUACAAGGCACAGAGAGGAUUUGUAAUUGAAUUACCAUGUCACUGGUCUAAGUUUGAUGAUUUGUACUUGUUUAAGAAGUGUUCAUACAUCAAUGAUAAUUGCUCCAAAUUCCAGAUAUAUAAUUAUAAUACAUUAAAAUAUCCAUUCACUCAUUGUUUAUAACCAUAAUACAAAUGUGUUGUAAGAAGGAAAUCUUUACAAACUUGUUCAUAUUGUAAUACUUUUCAUUUCAACGGACAUCUGUUGUGACACUAAAUACAUUUUUUUGUUCAUUGUUUACAGAAAAUAAUUCAGUUGACCACAGAGCAGGCUACACCCUGUGUUUAAGUUAGAUUUGUCAAUGUCAUUAAUGAAGCAAAGUUCGAACUUGUGUUCUAUUUUUCUGUAUAGGAUGAAGGCUAAUAUUGGAUUAGACAUGAUUUAAAGUUUUUGUGUGUCUUUCUUCUCCCACAUUUAUGAAUGAAUUGCCACCUGGAUUACAGUUGUGUGUUGUAUUGCCAUUCUUGUUUUACAAUCAUCUUCAUAUGAUAUGUUAUGGUAUUUUAAACUGGUGCGUUUUAAUUGGUAACAGGUUUCAUUAUUGUAUGCAAAUAAUACAUUCACAUUUCAUUGAAUAAAUAUUAUAAAUACUG